AUGGUAAUCGCACCUUUCUCUGGAAGCAUUGAAAUAUUGACUCACUUUGUCAAAAAAUAUCAUCAAUCUUUCAUUAACUCCAAGAAUAGAGAAAGUCAAUAUACAGUAUUUGAUACAGCUGCAUAUAUGGGUAGAGUCGAUAUGUUAGACUAUCUAUGGAAGUGGAAGUUUGUACUAUUUAAUGCUGAUGGUAGUUUUGGUAAGAUAUUGGAUGAUUGUGUAGAUGAAAUGGUUGUUGUUGGUGAUGUUGUAGAUGGGGAGGGAUUAGAGGUUGGUGAUGCUGAUAAAAAGAUAUUAGACAUACGAUAA